GUUCAAGAGCCAUUCUAAAGUGCUGGGAUCUUGUGAUCUUAGGUAGAAAAAAAACCCGCAACGUCUUCUAAACGUUAUUGCUCCGCUCCUUACAGUGACUAAAAGAAAGAACGUAAAACAGAAAACAAAAUGGGAUUAUUCAAACUUUUUAUAGGCGCCCGAUUUGAGACGGUUCGCGUCCUAAGCUGAGACACACAAAAAAAAAAGCUUCCUUAUCUCAAAGGUCGCACGAUGAAUCGAUCUACGUCGCAAUGUUCCUCCUACUGCUGCUCCUGAUAAUGGACCACAGUGGUGCGAUUUGGAUGCGUUUGUUCGCCAUCGAUUUUGUCCGGCGUUUGCUAUUCUACGCUCAUGAAACGAUCAUAAUGAUCUUGCAUUAACGAUUACUCAUCCGUCUGUCGGAAAGCGUUGUCACCAACUUCCAACCCCCCCCAGCACUGUCAGCGUUUGCAGUGCAAUCUGUGAAUAGUUAGCCGUGCUAAAGCAUCACCGUACGCUCGAAUGGAUGGAUGAAUGGCGAACUGUCGAUCAUAAUUUUCGCUACCUUUUACACGACCCACAAGGUUAAGCAGCGAACGGACAGGGAGGUGCAGGGAAGGGCAGACGUACUCAUCGCGAAAAACGAAACAAUAGCAUACCGGGGUGGAUCGGCUGUAGAUCUGUGUGUAGUGCAGUAGUCAGACAUCGUUUCAUCGUGAUCGCGGAAAGCCGCGAUCGUUCCAAGAUCUUCAACGCAAAAAUAAACAACGCACGCACACGCAAUCGUGUUUGACUCAAUUAAACGAAAUUAAAUCAAUUAACUGGGGCGUUUUUUUUGUUUUGUUCAACGUUCGCUAAUGGUGGAGCAGGCAGAUCUCCCCCCAAAGGGUCUCAUCAAAUAAACCCCUUUUCCACUGGGGACUGCACCCGUCCUAUCAUCGGGUGGGGAAAAUUGUAAAGUUGUGAGAAGCAAAUAUUGAUCUUUUGACGUCUGGUGCGAGUAUUUGUGUGCGGGCGUGCCUGCGUGCGUAAGACGCUCCCGAGUUUUCUCGACCUUCGAACUGUUGCAAUGCAACAGUCGAUCGACUGGCCACCACCACUAAUUGACAGCCGGACGUGUUCUCCGGCGCGUUUGGUAUAAUUUGAACAUUCGGGUGGAAACUGUCAAGCGAACGGAUUGUCUCAACUGUGUGUGGCACACUGGACAUACAGGCCAAUUGGCAUUUCCUGUGCAUUUAGCAACGUCAACAAUUCCCGACCCGAUCGUACUGUCGUAGGGCCGGUUGGUGAUCGUGUUCUAGACCCCGCAGCAAUACCGUUAUUGUAUGCUUCAUUGCACAAAACGCACGCGCGCACGGUCGGCAGGUGUGAAAUUUCAUCAGCUGAUGUGAUUGCACUUGUUGAGACGGGACAACACGGGAGAGAGAGAGAGCCGCUUAUCCACUCUGCUAAAACCUGUAAAUGAAAACCAUCAUCAUCAGUGUAGAUUAGUGCAGCCGUUUUGAAGUGACCUAAUUAGUGCCAUGUGUAACCGGAGAGGGAAAUAUUGUACGUCCGGCCACCCCCUGCGGUACUAGAAUUUCGCGAACCGCGAGGUAAUAUCCAGCCAGAAUGCAUCCAAUGAUAAGCACAUCAUCCGCCACCCUGACGACGGCCGCCAUCUUUAUGCUAACGCUCAGCUAUGCAAACGGGUUCGCAACGCUACCGACGGAGCUGGAUCGGACGCAGCAACGGUGCCAGCUCGAGCGCACCUACAAAAUGGUCGGCUACAACUGUGCCAACCUAAACCUGAAGGAAAUUCCCCAGACGCUCAAGUCUAGUCUCGAGAUAUUCGAUCUCAGCUUCAAUCGUAUCCGAGAUUUAAAUCCGCAAUCCUUCGCCCGGUACGGUUCGGUCAAGUAUCUGUAUCUGUUCGAGAACAUGAUCCACAACGUGGAGCCGGAAACGUUCAGCUCGCUCACGAACCUGGAGGCGAUCGAUCUUUCGAAUAACGCACUGAUCAGCAUACCGCUAGAGCUGUUCCGGCUACCCUCCCUGCGCAACCUUUACGUCAGCCACAACACACUCAGCAAGCUGGACGAAGAUCUUCCUGCCCUAGAGAAGCCAAUCAAAGCCCCACUGCAGGUGCUCGGGCUGGCCGACUGUCGGUUACAGCGGCUGCCCGACCUUGGCGUCCUGCCCGACCUCUGGCAGCUCAACAUCUCGUCCAACCCGAUGAAAGAGCUCACCCUCGGUCAGUUCUCGCCCAUGUGCAACCUCAAAACGGUCGAGCUGAACAACACCCAGAUCCCGAUCUGUCCCUGCCAGGUGCUGACGGCCGAGUUGGUCCUUCGGCGAACCAAAAUUAUGUUCCCACCCCUGUACUGCAUCCCGCUAACAUCGUCAGAGCAAAACCUGUGCAAUGCCGAAGCGAAACGCGACAUCGAGCCGGACCAGGUGGCCGACUACCACCAGUGCAUGGAGAUACGCAACUCCCGCCAGCUCGACACGGAAGCCAAAUCGGCCUGGAUGAAGAUCUCGGCCGCGGUGGCCGGCUGCAUCGUCCUGUUCGCGACCAUCCUCUUCUGUCUGCAUCGGCGGAACGUGCGCCGGCUGAAAGCGAAGCGAAAGCCAAAGAAGGUGCCGUUGAAAAGCAUUAACCGCGUCAUCCUGGUACCGGGACCGGCCGGUGAUGGGCCCGAGUCGGAGGUGCCACCCGCGACGACGACAGGGACGACCAUCACUGCCAAGUGUGAUAAACUGUUGAGCGAUUGUGAUUAGUGAAGAUACGCACCGAGUUGUUUGCAUGUUGUUUUGUUUAGAGCAGCUUCAUAAGACUAACGAUAGGAACUUAGGGGUUUUUUUUCGAUAAGCGAAGCGUUCGUCCUCCUGUACAUAGGCCAUUGUUUUUAGCAACAUACCAAAUAGCAACACACAUACAGACAGAUUUAAACGCGCUCGUUCCCAUGUAAUAACUUAAGAACUUCCUAGAGUAUAUUAGCAAUUGUUGAUAGAAUACGUGUUAAGAUGUUAAUGAUGAUGGUAUGAUGGGAAGUAGUGCAUAAAUAACAGUGAACAACUGCUACUUGCUGACGAACGAACCUGUCUAUUUGUAACGAUGAUCAAAUACACGCGUGCCAAACAUAUAAUAACGAUACAA